CAAGGUUUCACCCCGCCUCCUCUCCACACGAAACAGGCCUGUUGCCUAGCAACCUUGUCUAGUCAUCCAGUAGCCCUCAGUGGACUGGUGGAAUAGGUUGGGGGUCUUGAGGGGAUGAGAGACCCUAGGAGAUGCACUCCCUACCCCCAUGGAUGUGGCUGUGCCCAGAGGCUGGCAGUGCCCGGGGUGGGGUGACAAUUGUUUCUCCUAGUACCUGAAGGACUCUUGUCCGAGAGGCAUGAAUUCCUAGCAUUCCCUGGGAGGGGGAGAUGGGGGCAGGGGAGAGGGUACAAGCCCCACCUAGGGUGGUGGCUACAGCAGCAAGGGGCAGACAGAGCCAGGAGCCAGGGAAGGAAGCAGGAUGGCAGCAGGGGCCGCGGUCGGAGCCUGGGUGCUGGUCCUCAGUCUGUGGGGGGCAGUAGUAGGGGAUCAAAACAUCACAGCCCGGAUCGGGAAGCCACUGGUGCUGAACUGUAAGGGGGCCCCCAAGAAACCACCGCAGCAGCUGGAAUGGAAACUGAACACAGGCCGGACAGAAGCUUGGAAGGUCCUAUCCCCCCAGGGAGGCCCCUGGGAUAGCGUGGCUCGUGUCCUCCCCAACGGCUCCCUCCUCCUGCCGGCUGUGGGGAUCCAGGAUGAGGGGACUUUCCGGUGCCGGGCAACGAGCCGGAAUGGAAAGGAGACCAAGUCCAACUACCGAGUCAGAGUCUAUCAGAUUCCUGGGAAGCCAGAAGUUGUUGAUCCUGCCUCUGAACUCAUGGCUGGUGUGCCCAGUAAGGUGGGGACAUGUGUGUCCGAGGGGGGCUAUCCUGCAGGGACUCUUCGCUGGCACUUGGAUGGGAAAACCCUGGUAUCUGAUGGCAAAGGAGUGUCUGUGAAGGAAGAGACCAAGAGACACCCUGAGACAGGGCUUUUCACACUCUAUUCGGAGCUGAUGGUGACCCCAGCCCGGGGAGGAACUCCUCACCCCACCUUCUCCUGUAGCUUCAGCCCUGACCGUCCCCGGCGCCGAGCCCUGCACACGGCCCCCAUCCAGCUCAGGGUCUGGGAGCCUGUGCCACUGGAGGAAGUCCUCCUGGUGGUGGAGCCAGAAGGUGGAGCAGUAGCUCCUGGUGGUACCGUGACCUUGACCUGUGAAGCUCCUGCCCAGCCCCCUCCUCAAAUCCACUGGAUCAAGGAUGGCAUGCCCCUGCCCCUUCCCCCCAGCCCCGUGCUGCUCCUCCCUGAGGUGGGGCCUGAGGACCAGGGAACCUACAGUUGUGUGGCCACCCAUCCCAGCCACGGGCCCCAGGAGAGCCGUGCUGUCCGCAUCAGCAUCAUCGAAACAGCCGAGGAGGGGCCAACUGCAGGCUUUGUGGAAGGGUCGGGGCUGGGGACUCUCGCCCUGGCCCUGGGGAUCCUGGGAGGCCUGGGGACAGCCGCCCUGCUCAUUGGGGUCAUCAUGUGGCAAAGGCGGCAACGCAGAGGAGAGGAGAGGAAGGCCCCAGAAAACCAGGAGGAGGAAGAGGAGCGUGCGGAGCUGAAUCAGCCAGAGGAGCCUGAGGCGGCAGAGAGCAGCGCAGGAGGGCCUUGAGAAGCCCACAGCCAGACCCCAUCCAUCAGCUCCCUUCUCUUUUCCCACACACUGUUCUGGCCCCAGACCAGUUCCCCCUGUAUUAUCUGCACCCCACCUCCCGGAACUUUCUUCCACAACGAGAGCCUCCCACAGACAGGGAUGAGUAAACACCUGACACAUCU